AUGUCACAUCAGAUCCAGAUAUGGUGUAACCUUGUCAAACUACCUUUGUUGUGGGAAAUCAGUUUCUUUUUUCAGGGUUCACACACAGUCCAACACCCUGAUUCCCCAGGUCACCAAACAACAGCCGAGGGAGCACUAUAUGGCAAGUCACCAUUCGUUCAUCUACAUGUGAUCUUACUCUCAUCAGAUGUCCAAUAUCCUGGACCUGAUUUCAUCAUAAUUGAUAUCAUCAACAAAGUGAAGCUCCUCAUUGUUGAGAAAGGCCAUUAUCAGGAUCUGCUCUCAGCACUUGAGGAAGCAGUUUCUGGUGCUAACAUACACCUAAUUUCAAGCUGUGGAGUCACAAGGACGCAUGAUGGGUCAUUGGUCAAUCUCUGCAUGCCCUUGGUGUACAAUAAGCAAAAGGACACUGCAAAAGAGAAGGGCAUUGUACAUUUUUUCAACAAAGGCAGUACUUGGAUUGACAAAAUCAUUGCCAACCACCAUGGCAGCAACACUUUCAUUCAUCCCCAAACUGGUGUGAACAUGGCUGCUCCCAUCAGGCCAGGUUGUUGCAAGCCUGACACUGUAUUGAUGGAUACCACAAAGCCUAUCAACUCCAUUGAAUGGGCAGAUGUUAUUUCUGUGCUAGAGAUCAAGUAUUAUAACACCAAGGUUCUCAUGGAGCAAGCAAUGGAAUAUAUAUCAAUUGGUGGUACUUUCAAAUUCCUUAAUUGCAUGGCAUGGUUCAAGCAUGCUGACUUGGAGUUCCUGGGUUAUGACAAGUCUAUUGUAAGACACAGCAGUGGCUUCAAGAUGGCCUUGAAGGGAGAAUCUGAGUCAGCACAUGAGACUAUUGCUGAUGUUGUAUCAGUGAUUUACAAUAGCAAUUCUGCCAUUGGCCGAUCUACCAGGGUCCUGGGCCUUACCUACCAACCCUCCUCCACUACUGAGACAGACCACUUGAUUGUGAAGGAUUUGCUGGAGGAUAGUGGAUGUAUCAAUGAGACUUGCAAGCUUUUAGGCAGCAAGUUACCUGAACAUAUUUCUAAAAUGCCUGAAGAGGCCAAACUUACAGAAGAACUGUUCCAGUCCUGGGGCAUCUGGCCAGAAUGGGAUGAUUUGAAUCCUGAAGGGAUGUGCUCCUGGCAUCUACCCAUAUGGGAUGACUGGUUCUCUGUGGAAGCUCUUGAGAUGACAGAUGGAAAUAAUGGCCACCAAGCUUUAGACAGUGUGCCUGUCAUUCUGCAGGAUAUGACUAUAGACAGCAACCUAUGA